AUGGGCGACCACGUAAUGUUCUUCUACGGAACCCUAAUGGCCCCCCAAAUCCUCCACCGCGUGAUCCACGGCAGCGCAACCCCCGAACCCUGGCAACGCGCGCUCCUCACCUUCAAGCCCGCCAUCCUGCACGGCUACCGCCGACACCGGGUGCUGGGCGCCGACUACCCCGGUAUCGUGAGCGAGGAGGGCGGCUCGGUGCUGGGGACCGUCGUGUCAGGGCUGACCGACGGCGACGUGCACCGGCUGGACAUCUUCGAGGGGGUGGAGUAUGAGAAGGAGCGGGUGAAGGUGCGCGUGCUGCGCGAGGCGCUGGGGCAGCAUGGCAAUGCGGAGGGGACGCACGCGCCGGCUGAUACGGAGCAGCACCUGAGGGAUGUGCUGGAUGCGGCGGGGGCGGAGUUUGCGGAUGAGGGAGAGCUGGUCGAGGCGGUUACGUAUGUGUAUGUGGCGGGGCGGGAGGAGCUGGAGGAUGCGGAGUGGGAUUUUGAGGAUUUCAAGAGGAAUAAGAUGGCGUGGUGGGUUAAUUCGGAUGAGAGGGAUUGGUAG